AUGGCCUGCUACAGCCCCUGCGUGCCGGCCACCUGCGGCCCAACCCCGCUGGCCAACAGCUGCAACGAGCCGUGCGUCCUGCGCUGCGCUGACUCCAGCGUUGCCAUCCAGCCCUCGCCAGUGCUGGUGACCCUGCCAGGACCAAUCCUCAGCUCCUUCCCGCAGAGCACAGCCGUGGGCUCCAGCGCUUCCGCUGCCGUGGGAAGCUCUCUCAGCGCUGCCAGCGUGCCCAUCGCUUCUGGAGGCGCCCUGGGCCUGGGCGCCUUUGGCUGGGCUGGGCGCGGCCGUGGCCUCUGGGGGGGCUAUGGAUGCGGCAACACAAUCUGCUAA